CGCGAGCCAGCUGCCAUUCGGCGCGUGCGCAUUGCGGGAGCCCAGCUCCGAGGACGGAGGACCAGGACAUGACACAAGUGCCACAUCACAGCCAUGGGGUCUCAACAUUCUGUCUCUGCUCGUGCCUAUUCCUGCAAGCGAAAGAAAGCAGAUAACAGGGACGACCUGUUGGCCGAACGGGAGCAGGAAGAAGCCAUUGCGCAGUUCCCAUAUGUGGAGUUCACAGGGAGAGAUAGCAUCACCUGUCUCACCUGCCAAGGGACUGGCUACAUUCCAACAGAGCAAGUAAAUGAGUUGGUGGCUUUGAUUCCACAUAGUGAUCAGAGAUUGCGACCUCAGAGAACUAAGCAGUAUGUCCUCUUGUCCAUCUUGCUCUGUCUCCUGGCAUCCGGCUUGGUGGUUUUCUUCCUGUUUCCACAUUCAGUCCUUGUGGAUGAUGACGGCAUCAAAGUAGUGAAAGUCUUGUUUAAUAAGGAGGACUCCCUUGUAAUCCUCGCCAUCACGGCCACCCUGAAAAUCAGCAACUCCAACUUCUACUCUGUGGCAGUGACCAGCUUGUCCAGCCAGGUUCAGUACAUGAACACAGUGGUUGGCACAUACGGGACAACUAAUGUCUCCCUCAUUCCACCUCGGAGCGAGCAACUGGUGAAUUUUACUGUAAAUGCUGAGAUGGGAGGACCAUUUUCCUAUGUCUACUUCUUCUGCACGUUACCUGAAAUCCUGGUGCACAACAUAGUGAUCUUCAUGCGAAACAGAAUUCCUUUUGGUUUGUUUUCCCUAGAACUUCAGUGAAGAUCUCUUACAUUGGCCACAUGACCCAGAGCUCCUUGGAGACCCAUCACUAUGUGGAUUGUGGAGCAAAUUCCACAGCUGUUUAGAAGUUGCUCUUGGUUCUUCGAUGGCAGCACCUGUCACAAGAGAGCACAGCAUAUGUUCCUGGGGCCUGAGUUCUACACCUGCUCCAGAGGGUGUAAGCAGACUAGAAACUUGUUCUCUCAACCCCCAGCAAAUAUCCUCCUGCCACUUGAGAAGAAGACUCUCCAGCACCAUUCAUGUUACUCAGAACCAGCAGAGUCAGUGCCAGUGCCUCUGUCUUGUGCCCGGCAAAUAGUAGGCACUCCAUAAAUGUUUGAAGAAUUAAUUCAGAUCUUUUCAGCUGUUCUUGGGACAUAAUAAUCAUCCCAUGAUCCUAGUAUCAACCCAUAGAGUGACAUGAAAAUAGGACUAUUAAUUACAGCUGCAGAACUAUUUAGUGCCCUAUCUGGGCACAAAUGGCAGCAAGGAGGAAACAUUUGAAUACAUAAGAGAAGAAAAUAAAGCGCAUUCAAUACAGGAAUCUUUUCAUCUGCUCACAGGUGCCUAGGAGCUUAAAAAAAAAAAAAAAAAAAAAAGUUUUUACCAGGACUUUUUGUGGGGCUUGAUUUACCCUUCAUCCAUUGGCUGGAACAUGGAUUGGGGGAUUUGGUAGAAAAAUAAAUCUUGCUUUUCUUUGA